UUAGCUAGAUUUUAGGACAGUGAUUGAAAUCCGUGUUCUUUAAAAAAAAUUUAAAUCUUUUUUUACUUUUAUUAUCUUUAAUUAUUAUUAUUAUUAUCAGCUCAUAAGGUAAAUUUCCAACAAAUAUAGAAGAUAUCUACUACUACUAUACUACAGCACUGGAACAAUAAGACUGGUCAAUCAGUGAGUGAGAGAGAAGGGAAGUAGAAGAAGAAGAAAAUGGGAAAAUCAAGAGCUUCUUCUUGCUUCGAGAUCUUUGCUUGUGGCAGUGAUUCUGUUGACCAUGAUGAACUUGAGAGUAAGAACUCAAGCGACAAACGUGGAUGGAGUUUCCGCAAGAAAUCUUCCAGGCAUCGUGUAUUAAGCAAUACAGUAGGUUCAGAAACACCAUCUGGUAACAAGGAUUGUGCAGAAACUGCUAAUGCCAACCAGCAACCACAAUCUAACUCUACCAUUCCAGAGAAGGCAUCUGUCAUCCAAUGGGCGGAUGAGAAAUCUCAGUUUUCAACAGUCGAGAAGUCACAGGUCUCGGCAGACGAGAAGCCCCCUGUCUUGGCAGACGAGAAGCCCCCAGUCUUGACAGACGAGAAGCCCCAGGUAUCGGCAGACGAGAAGCCUCAUGUCUCCGUUGAUGAGAAGCCCCAGCUCUUCACAGACGAGAAGCCCCAGCUCUUGGCAGAGGUCUCAGCGGAUGAGAAGUCCAUGAUCUCCGAAGAAGAGAAGCCCAAGGUGUCGGAAGAUGAGAAGCCCAGUGUCGCUUCAGAUGAGAAGGUUCCUGUCGCAUCAGAGGAGAAACCCCUGGUCUCUGCCUUGGUGGAUACAAAGCUAUCAGCGCCAGUAACAACUAAAGUCAAUGAUGGUAAACCUGAUGCGACUCUUGAUGAACAUGUUGUUCUUGUUAUCCAGACCGCAGUCAGAGCAUUUCUGGCAAGAAGAGCUCAACUCAAGCAAAAGCAUGUAACUAAAUUGCAAGCUGCUGUACGUGGACAUUUAGUUCGCCGGCAUGCUGUAGGAAGUCUGCGAUGUGUCCAAGCUAUUGUCAAAAUGCAAGUUCUUGUUCGAGCACGUCAAUCCAAUCUCAUUGCAGAAGGAUCUAGUAUCAAGGAGAAGCUAAAUGGAAAGAAGAACUCAGGAGCGAAAUCAGAGUUCGCAUAUGUUUCUAUUUCAAAGCUACUGAGCAAUAGCUUUGCUCGACAGCUCCUUGAAUCAACUCCAAGGACCAAAAGUAUUAAUAUGAAGUGUGACCCUUCCAAAUCCGAUUCUGCCUGGAAAUGGUUAGAGAGAUGGAUGUCUGCUGCAUCACCAGGAAAUCAACCGUCACCACAGACAGAAUUAUCUGCAGAGCAGCAGGAGAAUGAACCUACUGAGCAACCCAGCAACCUUGUGGAAAGUAAAGUUCAGCUUGAUUCUGAGCCAAUGAACUUCAGGCAGGAGGCUGAGGAGGCAUCGUCGUCUGCAGUGCCAUCUGAAAGUGAUGAAAAUUUGAUCACUUAUGAUGCGGACAGCUUAGAGUUGCAAGCCAACAGACCAACACUACCUCCUCAGCCACAGAACGUUGAUGAAAAAACUUCAAGAGAUGAAACUUUUUGUCCUAUCCCUACUCAAAUUAAGGAGUCCAGGGUGCUCCCUGAGAUGGAGCCCGAUCCUUUCCCUGCAAAGACCGAAGUUGAGAGAGAGGAUACACAUCCGCAUGAACCUCCAGAGACCGACAGCAAAAAGGUUUUACAUGGAUCAAGAAAGGCAAGUAAUCCUGCAUUUAUUGCUGCUCAGACAAAGUUUGAGGAACUCACCUCUGCAGCUAAAUCAACCAAAGUGUCUAGUUUGCCCAAUCAUAAAACUGAAGAUGAAUCCAGUGAAGAUACGUUUUCAUCUAUCACUGAUCAUUCAUUCGGAGCAAGGGAAACUGCUCCAUCAGAAAAUUCUGUUCCUCAUAGUACAAGAGCUCAAGUUGGUGGUUCAGAAUGUGGCACGGAGCUUUCUAUUUCUUCUACCCUGGAUUCACCAGAUAGGUCUGAAGUCGGAGGUCAUAUAUUUGAGCAAGAACUUCCUUCCAAUGGAGGAAUUGACCAUCAUAAGAGCAAUGGAUACCCUCACAUUGAAGAUAACAGUACAAAUGACUCAUCACACUCCGACUAUGUUCAGGUUGGAAGAGGAAGUCCAGAUCCUACUGAUGACGCUAAACAUCUAGCUGUUUUGGUGAGUUCAAAUCUGUUAUCCGAAGAGCAAAAGCCAGAGAACAAUUCAGUUAAUGUUCAAAUAGAGCCAGAAGCUAAGACAGAUCGGCUACAUAAGUCAUCACCAGACGCAUCUCCAAGAAGCCAUAUUACUGUCCCUGAAUCCCAAGGGACGCCUUCUAGUCAAGUGUCAGUGAAUCCUAAGAAGAUAAAAAGUGAAAAAAGUGGAUCAAUUCCCAAGCGCCGUUCUGCCCAUGCUGGCAAAAAGUCUCCUUCAAAAUCAAACCAUGCUCCAGGUACAGCUAGUACAGAACAAUUACCUAAGGAUCAUAAAAAUGAGAAGCGACGGAACUCAUUCAGUUCAACAAAAGCUGGACACAUUGAUCAGGAGGCUAGAGAUAACAGUAAUAGUAGCUCUCUCCCAAGUUACAUGCAAGCAACAGAAUCUGCAAGAGCCAAAGCUAUCCCGAAUAGCUCUCCAAGAUCUAGCCCAGAUGUACACAAUAAAGAUGAAUACAUCAAAAAGAGACACUCUCUCCCUGGUUCAAAUGGUAGGCAGGGUUCACCUCGUAUCCAGCGGUCUCUGUCUAAUGCACAGCAGGGUGCAAAGGGAAAUGGAACUCAGUCUCCACAGGAGAGGAAAUGGCAGAGAUGAGUAGAGGUCCUCUGUGACACAACUAACGACUUCCUUUGGAUGCUGUGGUCAUCUGCUAUUUGGAACUCCACCGCAAAGUCAUGCCCUGGACUAUUUAUUUGUGAAGAGAAAUGUAGAAAGAGCUAUUUUUCUUGUAAAUUUACUAUAUGCUCAUGCCUACUCUAAUCCCGCCUUUCUUUUUUCAAGGAUUUUGUUUGUGAUGCUUCUUCUUCUUUUUCCUUCACAUCACAUUUGUGUGUAUCUUUCUUUAUAUUGUGUGCUUUUCUGGCUGAUGUAUUUCUGACUGCUAAUGACAAGUUUGGGAGAGUUGCUUUCAGCUGGAGGUUCUAUCAACCCCACCCCCUCUCUCUCUCCCACUUUGGUAUCUAAGUUUAUUUGAUUCUUUCUGA